AUGGGAGAAAGCACUGCCAUCAGUACGAAUGGUGGACUCCACGCCAGUUCCUCCGCGGACUCGUCGCCCGCUGCCAGUCAAGACGACCCGCCCCCUAUAGCGGAACCCCCUGAACCCCAAUACACGAUACAAGAAAAUCAACAAGAGAAGCACUGCUUCCCUCACACUCUGUCGGUCGACGGCGUAGCCAAGAGCCUCGCCACUCACAUCGAUCAUGGGUUGAGUAAUCAGGAUGCUGCCACCCGCCUUGCGCGGGAUGGCCCCAACACCAUCAAGGCCGCCAAGGGAACGUCAAUCUGGGAGAUCUUCGUUGCCCAGAUUGCCAAUGCCCUCACGGUCGUUCUGAUUGCCGUCGCAGCGCUGUCCUUUGCCAUUCACGACUACGUUGAAGGCAGUGUCGUCAUUGCCGUCAUCGUACUCAACAUCGUCGUCGGACUGGUCCAGGAUUAUAGCGCGGAGCAGACGAUCCAGUCUCUCUAUGCCCUGUCCACCCCAAAGUGCAAGGUCAUCCGGGAUGGCAUCAGUGACACGGUCAAGGCCGAGACAGUCGUCAAGGGCGAUAUUGUCGUCCUCGCAACUGGUGAUGUCGUACCCGCCGAUAUGCGUCUCAUCCAGGGCAUGAACCUGGCCACCGACGAGGCUCUCCUGACCGGAGAGUCCGUCGCCAUCACCAAGAACCCCGAUGAUGUCUUUGACGAGCCCGAUAUGCCCAUCGGUGACCGUACCAAUCUGGUCUACGCCGGUAGCUCCGUCACCCGCGGCCGUGGCUCCGGGAUCGUAGUCGCUACCGCCAUGGAGACUGAGGUUGGCCAGAUUGCCGAGAUGCUGGGCAGGACGGACGACGACAUGGUCGGAAAGUCGGGCCUGGCCAAGUUCCUCACCAAGAUCUGGCACACGACCCGCGGCAUCCUCGGGCUCGAGGGCACCCCGCUCCAGACCACUCUCAGCAAGUUUGCUCUCUUGCUGUUUGCCCUGGCCAUCCUCCUGGCCAUCAUCGUAUUCGCCGUCAGCCGCUUCGACAUCAAUGGCGAGGUGCUGCUGUACGGCAUCGUCGUCGGGGUAGCCGUCAUCCCCGAGUCCCUGCUGGCUGUCCUGACCUUGACCAUGGCUGUCGCCACAAAGGCCAUGGUCAAGGGCAACGUCAUCGUCCGGCAGAUGACCUCUCUUGAGGCCGUCGGCGGCGUCACCAACAUCUGCUCCGACAAGACGGGCACCCUCACCCAGGGCCGCAUGAUCACACGCAAGGUCUGGCUCCGCGGUGGGAUCGAGGGUUCCGUCGAAGGAGCCGGAAACCCCUACGACCCGAGCGCCGGCACCGUUACCUGGUCCGGCUCUCUGGCGGGCAGCUGCCUGGGUCGAUUCCUGACGACGCUCACGCUGUGCAACAACUCUACCGUCACAGACGGCAAGAAGGAGCCUGAGACGGACACGAGCAGCGUCACGACGGCCAACGACGGCGCCGACUGGAAGGCCCUCGGUGAGCCUACCGAGAUCGCCCUCAAGGUCUUUGCCAUGCGCUUCGGCCGCAGCCACGCGGGAGGGUCUGACAUGCUGGUGGCUGAGCAUCCCUUCGACUCAGCCAUCAAGCUCAUGAGCGUCGUCUACUCUAACGAGGUGGAGAAGUCGUGCACCGUCUACACAAAGGGUGCAGUCGAGGUCAUGCUUCCCAUCCUCGAUGAAGAUCAGCAGCUGAAGAGCGAAAUCCUGGCCAAGGCCGAGGAGCUUGCCGGCCAGGGUCUUCGUGUCCUCUGCGUUGCCACCAAGUCCAUGGAUGGUGAAGAGGCUGGCGUGGACGGUGCCGACCGCGCCAAGGCCGAGAAGGAUCUCCACUUUCUCGGUCUUGCCGCCCUGUAUGACCCGCCUCGUGUGGAGACGGCUGGUGCCGUGAAGGCGUGCCACCGAGCCGGUAUCACGGUCCACAUGGUGACGGGCGACCACAUCAAGACGGCCAGGUCUAUUGCGUACGAGGUCGGCAUCCUCGACAAGAACACACCGCUGCAGAGCAGUGCUGUCAUGGCCGCGUCCGACUUCAAUAACAUGUCGGACGACGAGAUCGACGCCAUGGACCGUCUACCCGUCGUCCUCGCCCGCUGCAGCCCCCUCUCCAAGGUGCGCAUGAUCGAGUCGCUGCACCGCCGAAAGGCGUUCUGCAUCAUGACGGGGGACGGCGUCAACGACUCGCCUGCCCUCAAGAAGGCGGAUGUCGGCAUUGCCAUGGGUGAUCGCGGCAGUGAUGUCGCCAAGGAGGCGUCCGACAUGGUGCUCACCGACGAUAACUUUGCAUCCAUCGUCACGGCUAUCAAGGAGGGCCGCCGCCUGUCUGAUAACAUCCAAAAGUUUCUUCUCCACCUACUGACAUCCAACCUUGCCCAAGUCGUCCUCCUCCUCAUCGGCCUGGUAUGCAAAGACGUGACGGGACACUCCGUCUUCCCCCUCUCCCCCCUGGAGGUCCUGUGGGCCAACCUCAUCACGUCGUCCCCUCUGGCCCUGGGUCUGGGACUCGAGGAAGCCCAACCUGACAUACUGGAACGUCCCCCCCGCGACCUCCGCGUCGGCGUCUUCACCCGCGACAUGAUCCGCGACCAGCUCGUCUACGGAGUCAACAUGGGCGUAAACUGUCUCAUGGUCUUCCUGAUCGUCGUCUACGCCGGCUCCGGCGAGGGCUACCACCUCCUCCCGGCGGGGUGCAACGACGGCGCCGGGGCCAAGUGCGACACCAUAUUCGAGGCUAGGGCGGCCACGUUUUCGACCUUUAGCUUCCUCCUGCUAGUCAAGUCGUGGGAGGUGAAGCAUUUCCACCGCAGCCUGUUCGCCAUGGACGACAGGUGGACCGGCCCCUUUGCCGUGUUCCGUACCAUCUACCACAACCGCUUCCUCUUCUGGUCCGUCGUCGCCGGGUUCAUCAGCACCUUUCCCGUCGUCUACAUCCCCGUCCUCAACACGACCGUCUUCAAGCACAGGGGUCUGACGUGGGAGUGGGGACUCGUGUUCGGAAGUGUGAUUCUGUUUGUCGCCAUCACCGAGAUGUGGAAGGCUAUCAAGCGUCGGUUCCGUCUUGGUCUUGAGAAGAACCUAGCUGUCGUUGCUUAA